GAGUUGCCCGUAAACUUGAUAAUUAUUUGGAAUAUGGUGCAGCAACUCUCUUACUUUUACUCUGUGCCUAUGUUCUUGUAGCUCACUGGAUGGCCUGUAUUUGGUAUGUAAUUGGUGAAUACGAGGCUAGAAAUAAAUUUCAUUUUCUUCAAGAACAGACUUUGGCUGAUGGUUGGCUAAUCCGUCUUUCAUAUGACUUAAAAAUGCCAUUUAAUUCGAGUGCUUCAAAUCUAAGUAGAUUAGUUGGAGGUCCAGAUAAAACACAUUGUUAUGUGUCUUCUUUAUAUUUUACAAUGUCUUGUAUGUCCACCGUUGGGUUUGGAAAUAUUGCAAGUACAACUAUGAAUGAAAAAAUAUUCGGAAUUUGUAUGAUGAUUAUUUCUGCACUUUUGUAUGCAGCCAUUUUUGGUCAUAUGACUACAAUAAUACAACAAAUGACUUCCUCUACACAGAGAUAUCAUCAAAUGAUUAGCGAUGUUCGGGAAUUUAUUCGUCUUCAAGAAAUUCCCAAAGAUUUGGCAGAAAAAGUAGUUGAUUAUAUUGUUUCGACCUGGACAAUAAGUAAAGGAAUUGAAUCAAAUAAAGUUCUUGGCUUUUGCCCGAAAGAUAUGCGGGCUGACAUUUGUGUUCAUAUGAAUAGAAAAGUUUUUAAUGAACACAUUUGUUUUAAAUUAAUGUCUGAUGGAUGCGACCUUCUCUACCAUACAGGUGAAUCUGUAGAUGCUUUAUGGUUUGUAGUUCAAGGAUCUUUGGAGGUUAAGCAGGAUGAUGAAGUUGUGGCUAUACUCGGGAAGGGAGAUGUUUUUGGAGAUGAAUUUUGGAAACACAAUAGAACCGGUCAAUCAUCGUGUAUGGUUCAGGCAUUAACUUAUUCUGAUUUGAUAAAAUUUCGUAAAGUUUUGGAUGUAAAACGAGAACAAGAAUUGGAAGAAAGGCGAAAAAUUGAGAAAUUGGAAAUAGCAACAGACCAUCCAAUUCGGAAAUUACUUCAAAGAAUGCAGGAACGACAUGCUGCCCGUAUAGCUUCAACUCGAGCCGAAGAAGAAAUUCAUUUAGUUCAGAACGAAAUAAAUACAAUUAUGGAACAUGGAAAUUCUCUUGAUGGAAAUUGUGAUGGGGGAAGUGAAAGAAUAGAAAUGUCUGGGGUUUUAAAUAAAUUGAGUAGGCUGGAGAGAAUGUUGGAAACUUUGAUAGGAAAACAGUUGGAAGAAGAUCGUUAUAUCUACACUCCACAUGCUGUACCCAAAUUAAAAACUACAGAUCAUCACCAACAACAUCAAAUACCUCGAUUCGCCUUAAUUCCUCCAAUAAAUGAUCCAAACAUUCCUCCAAAAUAUUAUUCAACUUCUUUUACUUCUCCCACCCCUCAUGCUGAAAGAAAUAAUAGUAAUACUUUAUUAUAUCGCUCAACUCUUCGAAAUGCCUCAAAAUUGAGACGGUCUUCUCGUGAACGUUCAUUAUCUAUGGAAAAGGGUGGAGGAGGUGAUCAACUAGAAGAUUCUCCACAAAUUUUAAUACCUCAGUCUAAAUUAACAACACCCCAAAGUAUGAGAUAA